GGCGGGAAGCCGGCCCAGGCCCUGCCCUUCUCGGCGCCGAGGGGCGGGCAGGCCGCCCGUGUGUGCCGGGGUCCCGCCGGCGCCCUUAGCCGCCGGAGGGCUGUGGGGAGCAAAUAUGGUUUCCCCCCAAACCCGGUACCUAGUGUUCUUUCAGUACUUUGGCACUAAAUAUAGUGGCGUCAUGGAGACUUCGAAUGAUCAGUCAGUAGUUGGAGUCCAGAAUUACUUGGAGAAGGCAGCGCAGAACCUGAGGCCUGUCGUUCCCAUCAAGUUCCACAUCUCCAGCCGAACAGACACGGGCGUCCACGCGCUCUGCAACGCUGCUCACCUGGACAUCCAGAGGGCACCGGGGAAGCCGAUAUUUAAUGAGAAACAGCUUGUCCUAGGUCUUAAUCACCACCUGAAGCCUGAGCCAAUCCGCAUUUUGAACGCCUACCGAGUGGCCAGCAGCUUCCACGCACGCUUCUCGGCGCUGUCGAGGACCUACGUUUAUCGGCUGUUGAUGGGCUGCCAUCAUCAUUCCGAAAUACCCGUGUUCGAAAGGAAUCUCUGCUGGGCUCCGCCGGGAGGCCCCCUGAACGUGCCGGCCAUGCAGGAUGCAGCACAGUUCCUGCUGGGAACCCACGACUUCAGCACCUUUCGCUCACAGAACUCUGAAACGCCUCUCCAGUCGCCCAUCAGAACCAUCAGCCAGGUGGACAUCCAGCCUUCUGCUGGUCUCCUCUCCCAUCACUACGAGCACAGGGGACUGGAGUUUUGGGAGCUGAAGUUCAGGAGCAGAUCGUUCCUUUACCGACAGGUCCGGAGAAUGGUCGGGGCUCUAGUUGCAGUUGGCCAGGGGAGGCUGACACCUCGGCACAUAAAGGAGUUACUGGAGAUAAAAGAUUCGCGGGCUUUCCCAGCCAACGCCAUGGCCCCGCCGUCCGGGCUCUUCCUCAAAUCCGUGGAGUAUGAUGAAGCAGAUUUGGAGGCUCCAGUUUCCCCGGGAGAGCAGCAGCUCUGUGGCUGCGGCCGCGGCUCAAGGGGCCGUUGUUGAGGCCGCGCUGGAGGUUCGCCAGGCGCUCUCCACGCAGGACGCGCUCGUCUCAAUAAAAAUCAUUGACUGGAGGCAUCUUCCCAUCGUUUGUUCUUGUCCUCUGGGGAAAGGAAGAACAGCUCCACGCUGCUUGCAGAUAACCGCUUUUUAUAAUUAUUGUUUUUUCUGAGGUUCUGGUACCUGUUCCAAACAGGAGGAGGAAGGACAUUUUUGGUUUGUUUUUUAAUAUUGUGGUUUUUUCCCCUUUUGCUGUGUGUGCGGGGAGGAUGCAGGCUCAGAAAGGAGGAGAGCGCAGCGUUUCCUCUCUGACCCGGCCUCGUACCGCGUGGUGCGAGGGACAACCGUCACUGCUUGGUGCUGUCACCUGCAGAAACAGCCUUUGAAAGUCCAUUUCCCCUCCUCCUCACCGUCUCUUACUGAGCUGGAGCGGCUUUUCCAUUGUCCCAUUCCCUUCUACAAAGUCGCGUCGCUUCAGAUGCCGCGUGUUAUAGAGCAAAGUUCCCUUGAGGUCACUUAAAACCAGUUUUAGUGGUCACAGCCUGGGCUGGUGGGACAGACUCCACGAGCGAGUCGGCCUCGCGCUGGGCUCUGGUUUGCUCCUCGCCACCUCCUGCUCUUCCCUCCUUACGCGCUGGGUAACUUGUGAUUUUUGGUUUUUAAUUUCUUGUGAAUGAAUGACGCCAGAUGUUUUGAUUAUAAAAUGGCCAUUCGAGGUUACAGGGAAGAGGAUGAAGAUUUUGACUGAAGUUCACAAAAGAAACAGCAGCUGGUCUGAACACCGUCCUGUGGUGGAAGCGACGUGCAGCUGAGGUGCCUGGCACCACCGUCAUUAACGUCCCCUUUGUCCCCGAGAGAAGAGUGACAGAGAAAGGCAGUUUGUCCGCUCGGCCUGAGCGAUGUGUUUCCAAAGCCCCGCUCAGCGCGACCUCGUGGGUCUGAGGACGCUCCGGGGAGACUCAACUGCAGCUGCUGUGCAGGAGACCAUGAGCUGAGCUCUGCAACAGCACUUUCCAUCUGUUAAUAAAUACACCAAGCACGGGCUUCACCAGACUGAACAUCGCUUCAGCUCUUCCCCACUCGAGAUGAAAUAAACCUCCAGAGCCCACUGAGGUUAGGGCUGGUUUAAGACUUUAAUCCCUGCAGAAAUCAUGGCAGGUGUGUCCUGCCCUGGAGGAGUCUCCAAUGAGACCGUUGCCAAUGCCAGUUCAGAAUCCAGUUUGGACGCGGAUUUCCAGUAUUCCUUGUUUACUGUCAUCUACAGCAUCGUCUUCGUGCUGGGGCUGGUAGAAAACGUGGUGGCUCUGUACUGCCUGUCCUGCAGAGCAGAGCACACGGCUCAUUCCUACGUCUACAUGAUCAACCUGGCGCUGGUGGACACCUUGUUCGUUUGCGUGUUGCCUUUUAAAAUUCAUUACCACCUGAACCGAAACAACUGGAUCUUCGGGGACGUGGCUUGUAGGGUCACCGGGACUUUGUACUACAUCAACAUCUACCUCAGCAUCGCCUUUUUCACCUGCAUUUGCGUCGAUCGUUACAUCGCGGUGCUGCACCCCUUCACCUACAUCCGCAUCAGAGCCGCCCAUUACGUGGCGGUGGUCGCAGCCCUCUGGGUGGUGGCUCUGAGUGUCGCGGUUCCUCUGGUCCUCGGUGGCCCUCUGCACAACAGCGGCGAGAGGAACGCGACGGCGUGUUUUGAGAACUUCCCUUCGAGCUGCUGGACUUACCGCAUGGCUCCCUACAACAUCCUGGCCUUGGUUUUUGGGUUCGUGAUCCCGUUUUCCAUCAUUCUCAUCAGCUACCCGCUCAUCGCCAAGAGGAUCUCCCAGAUCAAGCACAGCGUCCGCAAGAGGAAGGCGCUGAGCACCAUCUACAUCAUCCUGGCCAUCUGUACUUUGUGCUUUCUCCCAUAUCACCUCACGCACUUGCUUCACUUUUUAAUGAGAGUCCGGGUCAUCCAGAAUAAGUCGUUUACCAGCUUGAUCUACAAAAUGCGGAGGGUCACCCUGGCCCUCGUGAGCGUCAACUGCUGCCUCAACCCCCUCCUGUAUUAUUUCACCUCCUCCAGCAAGCGCUGGAGCUUCAGCCUCAGGCUCCGGUUCAGGUCCGAAAGGGUUUACACGAUCUACGACCAGAAACACAGGGAGACCUCCUAUGUGUACAAACUACACCAGAGACACGGAAACAAGAAACACAGAGAUGGCAUCAACUGAUUUACUUAAAGUAAGUACACGUUUCAUCUCUCCUACUGUUUAUUUGAAAACAAACCUCGGAAACCAGUGCCUUUGACGCAGUGGGUGUUACACAAGGGAAGACUGGAGGGAAGUGCCGUAUAUUUUUAUUAGCUGUGUAUUUUUAUGAGCCAACUGGGACAGCACCAGGGGAGCUGUAUUCUCUGACAGUCCUCAGGACUCUUUAAAAUGACUCCCCCAGACAGGUUUCUAAUGUGAGAAGAUCGCAGCUAAACAAUACAGACCAUCACUGCAGUAAUUGGACAAACGCCGUAAUCGCUUUAUUAAAAUAGGAAAAAACAUUGACAAUGUAAACAAAAUAAAAUGUGUCUUGGAAGCGGCGCUGGGGCUCAGGCCGUGCUCUGGGGAAGCCCUUUUUUCAGCAGGGAUGUGAGAAAACUGCCCAGCUCCUCGUCCUGGAGAGAACACAGAGAAACAGGAUGGACGCGUCUUCCACUUACCCACUGGGGCAAGAAAUUCAACAGGUACCUAGAAAUAGCUGAAAUAAUUCUUGGGUUUGGCAGAAUCUGAUGUUUGCACUGUUCAAAAAUGGCAGCCGGUAACACAAAUGCGUUUCUGGGUGUGCUUUCAAAAUCAGGAAAGUGAAAUUCUUCCUUGAAACAAUAAAGAACUAUUGAUAUUUUUUUCUUUGCACUUAAGACGGCAUUUCCUUGCUGUAAAAGCAUUUCAAAAUAGAGCCCUAGAAUGUGUACUUUUGAAAGACAGAAAAGGUAACAAGUGUCUAAUCUCACAGCAAUUGGUGUUACGAGAUUUCUGCUGGUUGGUUAACUUUUACACCCAAGAAAUACAGUGUAAAAUACCACACUCUGCAUUGGAGUAGUGAUACAGGCAGGAGUUUAGAACCUGGAUACUACAGUGUCCUCAAAACACAAAUGUGAUUGUUAUUGUAAUUGUAGUGAGUGUUGUUACUAAAGAGUCUUGAGUUCAGUUGUCCCAGAGAAAAGUGAUUCACAAAAGCUCCUGUAAAACCAUUUGUACUAAACCUAAAAUGAUAAAGGCAAGGGCAGCAUCUGCCUGUUUCAAAAAUGGAGUGAUAAAGACGCACCCGAGCAACCGCCAGGGUAGGAGAGGUUGGGACUGUGAGGAGUUAAGAUCAGGGAUGCUGGAAAGCCCAUUUCCGAGUGUUCCUACCUGGUAAGUCCAGGACACAAGCAGAACUUUGGUUCCUUGAUCCUCCGAGUGCGCCGUGGCCUGGAUAAGAAUGGACUCGACUGUUAUGGAGCCGUCAGGGAGAUGCUGCACGGAAUAAUCUUUCAGGACCCUGGUAACAGAGAAGGUAAAUGAUUUAUUUUGGAUAGGCCACGCACACUAAGAAGUCCAAGCUCAAGUCCACCAAGAACAGACUGACCCUUUGAGGUGGUUGUAGACACGGAGCACGGUCUCGUGUUCUUUCCGCGGAUCCUGGAUGUGGACGCGGCAGGUGAAGCGCAGCUGAUGUUCCGUCAGUCCCAGCUCCUUCAGCGCCUGCUCGGGGGAAACCAGGCGGAAGCUCUGCGGGGAAAAGCACAGAGCCCUUAGACGCCAGUUCUCUGCGCCUUCUGAGGUUUUGUUCCUCCGUGCAGGUUGUGUUCAGCGCUGCACAAGUCCAGCAGUAAGAGGACACCAGACAAACACAAGAACUUUUUUACUUACGUUAUCCUUCAUCAUUAAGGUGCCGUGCAUCAGCUUUGGCUUCUUGGAAUCUGGUAAGAGACCUAAACCAAGGGAAGAGAUGACACGGUUAACGACGACAUGCUCACCUCUCCCACAAGCACUGCUAUCAGACUUAAUAAACUGGAUUUCUGGAUCCCUGCUGAGGUUCAGAGACUACGAUUUUACAGCUUUGUUCUCCCGGCUGUUAAAGUACUUGGUGCUUAAACCCCUAUCAAGCCUCUGGACACAAACCAGACCCUGCUCAGGAACACAGAACUGCCGCCUCUCUUCCCGUACCACUUUAGAUUUUCCUUGAAUUGCGUUUAUAAAAGCAAUUCCAGUUUCCACAGACCAAGCCAGUCAAAGCACACGGACUGUGUUUUCAUCAUGAACGGGCAAUGAGUAGAAAAUGAGGUAGCUGCCCAUGCUUGUUUUUAAACAUUAUUGACGAUACGUUCAUUAAAAAUGUGUCACCUGUUGCUGUUUCUCUCUUGAGGAGCCCCAGCGAGAUGUCGACGGGAAUGCUGGGGUUGGUGAAGAUCGUGGUGGUCUCUCCGUUCGCGGGCAUGUAGCAGUUGACAUCUGCAGUGGGAACAGACGGCGUCAGGAGGAGCAUUUCUGCAGCCCAGGCUUUGCUGCCUUCCCCUCCUCACUACCAGCGCGAUACGUACGGAACUCCUGCUCGAUUUUCUGUUUCAGAAACUCCAUUUUCUUGGCUUCGCCGUGGACCAGGAGCACGUUGCGCGGCUCAGCCUGGCGAAUGAGCUGCAUGAUGCCCUUGGCAUCGGCGUGGGCGCUGAAGGACAUGUACUCCACCUGCAUCUUCACCUCCAGCUGCAGGGAGCACAACGCGCAGCUUCAUGAGCCCACAACCGCUUUGCCUCACUGUAGCUUCUGAAUACACACACACAGACCCAAACUCCUCUGUGUUUAGCCCAAAGAAAACGUUACUUGGGCAUUCUCAGUGUACGCAGUGUACUCCGGUAACAAGUACAUGGUCUCUACUUACCACCUGAAGUUCCUCCCACUUGAAAAUAUUAAUAAGACUCACUAUUUGUCUUCCUUCCAUUUCCAGCUUGCGCUGUCCACUCAGAAUCUUGUGGCCCACGGUUCCCUGCACGCAGUAGCCGGGCAUGAUGACCUGAGAAGGAAACGAGGAAAAUAUACAAACCCUGUAUGUGUAGCACAGCUGUUGUUAACAUAAAAACACAGCAGUAAAACACUGAUGGAAAUGUGUGCUCUUCACAGCUUACAUUCACUGGGAAGCCUCUGUUCUUCUGUAUCGAUGCCACCAUCACAUCACCACAAAGCAUCACUCAAAGAAACACAUUCUUACCAUGUUCUUUUCAUUCCCUGCCCAUUUCCUGAAGAUCUGGAGGGACUGUCCUGCGUGAAGCAUCCCAGGGGUCGCAAACACAACCUAGAAUUGAAAAAUGCACUAAAAACCACCACAGAAAACAGGGAUUUUUUCCAUUACUCAAGAUACACAUAUCCUAAACCUGUGGAGGGUAUCCACUCAUAAACAUUACAGCACACUUAAAACAUCAAAGCUUUAAUGGAGAUUUUUUGCUACUUAAUUUUUCCCAGCUUGUCUAAUUCUCAUGUAAAUUAAACAAGUGUUUUAGGAAGUUGUUGUGAGCAUCCACAGCAUCCGGUAACAACUUUGAAGGGUUUGAUAGUGGUACUGUCACACUCGACAAGAUUCCUUUCAGCUACUGUCUAAGAAACCACUCAGAAAUAAAACCAGCAGCAAGAGCUGGUGCUGUAAAGGAUCCGUCUCCUGACUUCAAAUAAUAUACUGUAAAAAUUACUGUGAACAUGCAAUCUUUAUUUUUCCCUCUCUGGGCAUUUUACCUUUACUGAAAUAAAGGUCUGUAAUAGUUACACAGACAAAA